CUACAGCCCCUGCCUCUAUAUAUACAUAUAAUAACAACUAAUGGAUCCAUAUCAUCAUAUACGUCAACAUUAUCAACCACCCUCUAGGCCAGAAUUGCAUCAAAAAUGCAAUCGUGGUUCACAUUCAAGUGAUACAAGUUCAGCAUACAGUGGCAGUGAUACAAUGGCAUCCGUUUACGGUUCAUCACUGGAUGGUGAGGAGAUUGAUUUCUCCGGUUUGGUGGAAUCCACCGUGGAUUCUGAUGAAGAAGAUUUGGCCGAAUCUAUGGACAGUCUCAAUGUCCGCGAUGCCGUACGUGAUUGUUUGGAAAAAGAUCCCUCCGAGCGAACCGAAGAAGAUGUUGAAAUUCUGCUCGAAUUUACACAGGGCCUUAAGGCCUUUACAAAUAUUACAUUGGCCGUACGGCGAGCGCUGUGUUCCGUUAUGGUCUUUGCCGUGGUCGACAAAGCGGGAACAGUGGUUAUGUCCGAUGGCGAAGAAUUGGAUUCAUGGUCCGUGCUAAUUAACGGUGUUGUCGAAAUUGAACAUGCCAAUGGCGAACGUGAAGAAUUGCAGGUUGGCGAUUCCUUUGGCAUCCUACCCACAAUGGAUAAACUCUAUCAUAAGGGUGUUAUGCGCACGAAGUGUGAUGAUUGUCAGUUUGUGUGUAUCACCCAGACGGAUUAUUAUCGGAUACAGCAUCAGGGUGAGGAGAAUACGCGGCGGCAUGAGGAUGAAGAGGGUAGGGUCGUAAUGGUGACAGAGCUAAGGCAGAUUGGUAGUAAUGAUGGCACUGGAGCGGGUGGUAGUGCAACGGCCCAAAGUUCGGCAGGUAAUGCCAAGAGGGGCCAUGUGGUGAUAAGAGGCACCCCCGAACGUUUGCUACAACAAUUGGUGGAGGAGAAUUCAAUGACCGAUCCCUUUUAUGUCGAAGAUUUUCUAUUGACCCAUAGGAUUUUUAUUAAAAAUUCUCAAGAAGUCACCCAAAAGUUGCUGAAUUGGUUUGAGGCCGAUGUCAAUGGGGUGGAAUUGGUACCAGGAAAAUUUGCCAGUCAUGCCACAGCCCAAGAGAUCCGAGAUCGUGUCACCCGCGUGGUUUUGCUGUGGGUCAACAAUCAUUUUACGGACUUCGAGGCCGAUCAUGAAAUGAUGGAAUUUUUGGAAAUAUUUGAAGCGGGUUUGGCUCGAAAAAAUCUGCUAAGUCAAUUGCGCCUGCUGCACAUUGCCUGUGCGGCAAAGGCCCGCAAUCGUUCGUGUACCCUGACACGUUCCUCACGCGAUGAAUCGCUGAAUUUUACCAUAAUUGGAGGCUAUGAAAUGCGUGGAGCCUGUGUACCCACCGGAGGCUGUGGCAUUUAUAUUUCACAUGUCGAAAAGGAUUCCAAGGCCCAAGAAGCGGGACUGAAGCGUGGCGAUCAAAUUCACGAAGUGAAUGGUCAAAGUUUUGAACAUGUUACGAGUAAGCGAGCCCUGGAGAUCCUUAUGGGUUCGACACAUUUAAGUAUAACGGUGAAGAGUAAUCUGCUGGGUUUCAAAGAAAUGAUGCAGGCUGUGGAGAUGAGUACGAGUGGUGGUGCAGGUGGCAUGGGAUCGGCCAAUGGUAAUAUGGCAGCAUUGGGUUCUAAAUCGCUGCGUAGUCCUCGAAGGAUAUGUGCCAAUGAUGUGGCCAAGCUACAUGGCAGGGCGGAUUCAACCACAGAUGAUAUGACGGCGGCGGCAAAUAGGGCACACAUUGUGCGCCUAAGUUCGGUGGAUAUGUUGCUACAUUCUGGGGAAGAUCAAACGGAUAGAGGCCUACCAAGUCCAGGGACUCCUGUACAAUCCUCCGGGAACAUGGCUUCGAAUUUCAUGAACAAUUUACUGCAAUCGGUUAAUGCCUCCGGCAAGAAAGAUCCCAAUGGUGGUAUGCAGGGUAAUGGUGGUGGCGGUGGAGGUGCCGAUUCCAAAGGUGGAGGUUUUAUGACCCUGGCGCCCAAGCGUAGACUACAAAAAGCAUUGGCCAAAAUGAAUUUGUUACACAAAAAUGUCACCGGGCUGCAGGCCUCGAAUUUAAAUGACAGCAGUGAUGCUCUACUGAAUGUAGCAUGUUCGGAAAAACAUAAAUCGGGGAGCCUUAGCAGUGCUUCCUCUUCCUCGGGGCCAAAUGGUAACGGUGGCGGUAGGCUAUAUCAGUCGCAAUCAAAUCCCGAUUUGACCUCCCUGCAAUAUGAAGAUAAUUCAGCAACAUCGACAUUAAACCCGGGUAGUUAUCUCUCAGCCUCGGUGCACAGGCCCUCAGCGGUGUCGACCACCGGAAGUUUGGUACCCGACUAUCCGGAACAUGUGUUGAAGGUUUUCAAGGCAGAUCAAACCUGUAAAUAUUUGUUAAUCAACAAAGAGACCACGGCCCAUGAGGUGGUUAUGUUGGCCCUGCAGGAAUUUGGCAUACACGAUCCCAGCUCCAACUUUUCGCUGUGUGAGGUCAGUGUGGGUGAGGGUGGCAUGGUGAAACAACGGCGUCUACCCGAUCAAUUGCAAAAUUUGGCGGAGAGGAUUGGCUUUGCCUCGAGGUACUACUUGAAAACAAAUGGCAUAUCGGAAACCCUGGUACCCGAUGAAUUGGCCCUGGAAUUGGUACGAGAAUCAAAUGUCCAUUUCCUGCAGCUAAAUGCCUAUGAAUUGGCCAUACAGUUGACCCUGCAGGAUUUCUCAACAUUCCGACAAAUUGAAUCCACCGAAUAUGUUGAUGACCUGUUCAAUUUGAAAACGAAAUAUGGCGUCCCAAUGCUGAGUAAAUUUUCCGAAUUGGUUAAUCGUGAAAUGUUUUGGGUUGUCACAGAGAUCUGCAGCGAACAUAAUAUUGUGCGAAGGAUGAAAAUUGUUAAACAAUUUAUUAAAAUUGCCCGCCAUUGCAAGGAGUGUCGGAAUUUUAAUUCCAUGUUUGCCAUUAUCUCGGGUUUGGGCCAUGCCGCAGUCUAUCGCCUCCGGCAAACAUGGGAGAAAUUACCCUCAAAAUAUCAAAGGCUAUUCAGUGAUUUACAAGAUCUCAUGGACCCCUCUAGGAAUAUGUCCAAAUAUCGCCAAUUGGUAUCCUCCGAACUGCUCAAUCAACAUCCCAUCAUUCCAUUUUAUCCGAUUGUUCGGAAAGAUUUAACCUUCAUCCAUUUGGGUAAUGACACGAUUAUAGAGGAUCUCAUUAAUUUUGAAAAGUUGCGCAUGAUUGCCAAGGAGGUGAGGUUGCUGUCACACAUGUGCUCCUCACCCUAUGAUCUGCUGGCCAUAUUGGAGCUGAAGGGCCAGUCACCAUCGAAUGCCAUGUUUUCGUUAAAUCAAAUGUCCACCUCACAGGGUGGUAGUAAUCAAGGGCCCACACUCAUUGCAGCGAAUGCCGGUAAUGCCACCAUAAAGCGAAGGAAAAAAUCCACCGCUGCCCCCAAUCCCAAGAAAAUGUUUGAAGAGGCUCAAAUGGUACGAAGGGUUAAGGCAUAUUUGAAUAAUUUAAAAAUCAUCAAUGAUGAAGAUAUUCUGCACAAGUUUUCACUAGAAUGUGAACCGGCUCAUACAUCGAGUGCCUCCACCUCAUCACAACAUGGUGGCAACUCCUCCCGCACCGGAGGAGAUCAGCUGAGUAUUUAUUCACAUACCUCUAACUCAUCAUCGGCACCAAAUUCUUCACUAUCGCUGAGGAAGAGACAUCCAUCAUCGCCAACCCUCUCGACCACUUCUUCGACAUCGUCGACCAGCGAUAAUCGUCGUAACAUUAAUCCAAAUUGUCCUAAAUUUGGCACCGCCUCACCGCAGGCGGUAAGAAAAAUUUUAUCUCUUUCCGAGUCGACAAAGAUACGACCCCACCAACCAUUUCCAAGGCCGCCAGCAACCCUGCCCGGCAAUAUCCCCCUACUAAGUAAUGCUCAUCUGCAUGGUCAUGCGGGAUUUAAUGCGGCCGGUGUCCCCGUGGCAUUGGCUUCUGGAUCAACACCCACACCCAGUCCUUGCUCACACAGACGUCUCACACCGGGCAGUAGUAAUUCAAUGCCAGCCACCAUGAUUCCUCCCCCAGUACGUUCGAUACAUGAACGCUCGCAUUCGGAUACGCCAGCACCACCGCCUCCCUUGCCUUCGGUGGAUUUAAAUUUAGAAAGUAGUAGUGUUACCACAUUUCGUGAUUUACCUUUAAGGAAAUCUGUUACCUCUGAAUUUUUCUUUUGAAUUUUCUUUAAA